GAUGAGACAUGAGCGGAGGAAAGGCGGGGCAGCCUUGAGCAAGGCUGUUCGCCCUCUUCUCGCCUUCUAAUCUCGCUGUGAAACAAAAGCAGAAGUUGUGCAAGCUUAAGUUCUUCCUACACGGACGCAGCGUCCGGCCAUAGCACAAUAGGCACGUAUAUAGGAGGGGCAAAACUGUAGGAAAACAGAUACAGAACCAGCGGAACCACCCAGAAACCCAGAAAAGCUCAAGGGAUACCCCUAGCAAGAGAGGGCAAAAACAACAAGUAGCAACAACACAAUCUUCGUGAAGCGCUCGGUGUGCGUUGACGUGAUAGGAUGGGCGAAAAGGAAGAACAGAAAUCGAAGAAACUUCAUAGGAAGAAGCAUAAGAACUCUCGACUUGGUAAGUUGUCCAUAUUCAGGAGAGGACGGGCCUGUUGUCCCCAGUGCAAGCAGAGACGGAUUAAAUGUGAUGAGACUCUACCGCACUGCAAGAAGUGCUCAGCGCGAUCCAUACGGUGUGGAUAUUUGAUGUACACUGAGCGGGAAUUAGAGAGAAUUCGAUUGUCACAUACUGAUACUGAGGAGAUCCAGAGCUAUCUCUUGUCGUUCACCCAAAACACACCACCAGUGGAUAACACAGUAGGCGCUGCACAAGGACAAGGCAGCUCUUCCAGACUUCAGGAUGCAUAUCAAUACCCCCAGUAUGAUGGUGCUGGUAGGCUUAUCGAUGUCAUUGGCGAGAGUUAUGUACCAGUGUACUACCCACAGGGUGUCGUAGAGAGCUCACAGAUACAAGAACAGCAACAACAACAACAACAACAACAACAGCAGCAGCAAUAUUCCCUGCAACAUGAUCAUCAACAUGCUCACCACUUUCCGGCGGGCACCUUAGAAAGCCCCAUCGGCUCUGAUGAACUCAAUAAUGUCCAGGGACAAUACCAACGUUCCAGUGAAUCAUCAAAGGAUCCACUAUCCGAAGCGUCCCAUGUUAAACAUCCUAUUCAAGAAAAAAUGCAACAAUACGCCAGUGAAUAUUCAAACAAAACCAGUCCCUUGUCGUUUGAUUCGCCUCCGACUCCCCUGGUGUCAUCUAUAACACCACCAAGAGGUAAAGUAAGGAUCAGCUUGGAACCGACGUAUGUUGGAGGAGUCGUGGAGGUACCUUUGAUACCGCACAAAUCUACAAGGCCUGAGUAUGAUCCUCGUAAAUUCCCAGAGAAUUUUGGAGAAACAGCAGCCGGUGUCUUUGGUCGUGUUUUCUUGUUGCAAGAGAUUCACUCUCGUCUUUGCAUGGCUACGAUAAAUCCAUAUGUGUUUGAAGCACACAUGCUCUUUGGUACUGGAGUUUGCAAGAGAGAUUACGCGGAAUUGCGCUAUCACUACAUUAAGUACCGUGGUGAUGUGAUUAGUCAUUUAAGCAAAGAACUCGACAGUCUUGACGACGAAAAAGCAAUCCCACUAUUCGUCAUGUGCUCCAUACUAAUGGCAUCGUCGAUAUAUUUGAAAGAUGUUCCCAUGAAGGAUCACUUCUCGAUGACCCAAGGCCCAUCUGCGAUCAUGAUAUCCUGUUUCCAGAACGUUGAUAAAUUCCCAAAAUCGUACCCGAUGUUGAAAAGAUCCGGUGAUGGUCUCAGGUUCACCUCUAGGUAUGUUUAUCAUCCAGCUUAUGACCAUCGUAUAUUGUAUGAUUUCUUACACGUUGUUAAAGAAUUCGGUUCAAAAUUCUUGGAGAAUGAGGACAUCGUCGACAGUGACGAUGAAAUACACACCCACUAUUCAAACUUGGUGGAUUUCUUGCAGUUUUGUCUGAGCUUCAUGGAAAAUGAAAAAUCGAACAAGCACGUUCUAAGGUUCCCAGUCAACAAGUUGUAUGAAUUGCUACAACGUUGGUAUGAUGAUGUUCCCUCGGCUAUAUAUGUCAUUUAUUCUGAGAUGAAGCCAGUGGAAAAGGUUGUAUAUGCCUUUUGGAAUGCGCUUGCAGAAGUAUUGGAAGAAAUUUUGGCAGGAUGUCGUUACAUAUUUACAUUCCUGUUCAGUGGGUUCCACUCUUUGUUCCCAAUGAGCAAAGAUGCCCUUCUACAUGAGCUUCCACAGGAGUAUAAAUACUACGUACAUUAUACAUGUCGUAUCAUUGCAUUCAUGGUCAGAAGACGACAGUUUAUCAUGAGAAAUACCAUUCUGAACGAUCCGAUACCAAACUUCUUUGAUAACGAGGAUAGGUUCAAACCAAGGUCAUUUGAUAUUCAGGAGCAAUGUAUCGCUAACUUUAAAGAUACGUUGAUUCAGCAUUUCCAUUAUCCAAGUAAGAUGUUUGUGAACAAACCUGCAGAACCCGUGGGUAACUACUACCGUGGUGUUGGUGAGCUGUCUGCUAGGGAUAUUGCUCUGGUACAUGGAGUAGAGCAUAUUGAUGAUACAAACGAUGAGGUUGAUAUGCUAGACUUCAACACAGAGACUGGUCUCUUAAACAAAGACUUUGACCCUCGUUAUACGGAUCCUACAUUCAAUGAGGUUAUUCAAUUCCAGAGUGUAGAUCUGGACUUUUUGUCAAAGUACAUUGAAGACCGGAAAUUGAUCAUUCAGCUGGACAGUUAGCCACUGUUUUUUCUUUUCUGCCUUUUUAUCACUUGGUUUAAUGAGACCAUCGCUGUACAAUUGAUUAUGAGAUGGGUCGACAACUAGUGUGAAGUACAUACUAUGAACAUGU